UUAAUCAUUAUUAUGAUUGAGGAUGUUUUUCAGGAUGGCGAAAAACUCAAGAAUGUCUAAACUUUCAUCAAAGGAGGAUGAAUAUAUAUUUUCAUGGAAACUAUUUACAGGAUGGGACUAUAUGAUAGGCCACACAGAAACAUCUCAAAAUAGAACAGCUUCAAUUAUUUUAGGUUUUAAAGAGGCUUUACUGGAAGAAGCAGAAAAAAAUAAGGACACGAGAAAUUGGCGAAAUAUUUUGUUAAGGGUAUUAGUUAAUUUAGCUAUUCUUGGAUUGCUAGCAGCAUCUGCAUUUGCUGUUGUUCGUGUUGUUAAACGCUCAAUGGAUAUCAAAGACACAGAUUCCUGGUGGACACGGAAUGAAAUAACUGUUGUUAUGACAGCAAUAACAUUUUUCUUCCCAAUGAUUUUUGAAACGUUGGGAUUACUAGAAAACCAUCAUCCCAGGAAGCAACUCAGAAUUCAGCUGGCUAGAAUCAUGGUUUUGAAUCUCCUCAACUUGUAUUCAUUAAUAUUUGCACUAUUUGACAAAAUUAAUCACAUGACGGAAGAGCUUACUCAUAUGAAACCGUCAAAUAUAUCAUACAACAAUCUUUGCUUUAUUUCAAAUCAAAGUUACAAUUUUAUAGAAUAUCAAAGUUCCACUUUAAACAAUAUCAAAACCACUUUUUCCAAUCCAUUACCGUUGCCUUUAUUGCAAACACAGAUGUCAAAUUUGAUGGAAGAUUGUUAUAGAAUAGUCAUUGAUUGUACUAGUUCGAUAUCAAUAAAUUCUACAAUGUUGUCAACAUUAUUUUUAACAAAUAUAACAACAACGACUCUUCCUGACGUUGCAAGUAUGAAUUAUGGUCAACUUAAUCGAAAUAUUGGCUAUAGUAACGAAUCUGUUCUAACAUUAAUCAAUGAAACAUCUGAUAGCUUUUCGUCCACAACAUUCAAAAUGACAGAUGUUGAAUACGACUUCAACUAUGACGAAGAUAAUGUAGCUUAUUAUCUGGAACAAAAAAUGCGAAAUCUUCCAAAUGAUCGCUUUGAUGAUAUUCUUAUCAACAAACGAGAAAUCGAUGGGAAUGGUAACACAACAAUGACUCCAUCAGAAGAAAACCGUUUAUUGGAAUUAGUCACUCAAGUUGUUCAAACUACAAACAAUGAUGAAUUACAAACUAUGACCUACACUGAACUACAGGCGUACAUAACGGGAAAGUACGACGAUUUUCUAGAAUCAUAUUACUAUUCUGAAGAGGAAAAAGAAGUACAAGCAAAAGAAAUGUUUAACAACAAAACAUGCUUCCGUUGGGUAUGCAAAAACGUAACCGCAUCUACUACAGAAGCAGCUAAUUACUACAACGAUCGCACUACCAAAAUUCAAGAAAAAGAUUCAACUAUCAGUAAUACUAUUCAACCCACAUUGUCCACGGACAUCGAAAAGGAUGCAUUUGCCAAGAAAGAACGCAAAUUUAAAAAUGCUGAUAUACGCACCUUGUGUUGGGAGACUAUGUUUGGCCAAGAAUUAGCCAAACUAACCAUAAUGGAUUUGCUGAUGACAAUACUUUCAACUAUGAUAUUAGAUUUUUUUAGAGCUUUGUUUGUUAGAUAUUUGAAUAAUUGCUGGUGUUGGGAUCUGGAGAAAAUAUAUCCAAAGUACGGAGAUUUCAAAAUAGCUGAAAAUGUAUUGCACUUGGUGAAUAACCAAGGAAUGGUAUGGAUGGGAAUGUUUUUUUCACCGGGUCUUGCUGUUCUUAAUAUAUUGAAGUUGAUAGUAAUAAUGUAUCUUCGCUCAUGGACUGUACUUACAUGUAACGUGCCUCAUGAAGUAGUAUUUAGGGCCUCACGAUCGAACAAUUUUUAUUUCGCUCUACUUCUCACAAUGUUAUUCUUAUGCGUCCUACCCGUGAGUUACGCAAUUGUAUUUCUGGAACCAUCUUGGCAUUGUGGACCAUUUUCGAAUUCAAAACGAAUCUAUCAUCUACUCACAAAUGCUACAGAAAACAUUGUACCAGAAGUGAUUACAAAAUAUAUCGUUUCACCGGCUGCUAUUAUUCCUUUACUGGUUCUUCUUAUACUAAUUAUAUAUUACCUCAUAUCGUUAACUGGAUCAUUGCGAGAAGCAAACCAAGACCUUAAAAUGCAACUCAGGAAAGAACGCACGGAGGAAAGACGUAAAAUGUUCAAAAUCGCGUCUAGUCAAAACCAGCCCCAAGAUGACGGUAUGAAUGGAUUGUCAACAUCAUGGCAUAAAGUAUUGAACUCAACAAAAUUACGAAUCAACUCUAUGGCAAGCGAGAAUAGUGAAAACGAUAACAUAAGUUCGAAACACCGUGAAUUAAUGCAAAGAAUGAUGAAAAAAGCAUUGUUAAAAGAGCAUGGAGGUGAAAAACAUAGAUCGGUAGUCGAUAGCUCACCAGAUGGAAUGAAUGAUCUUACAUCAAUGAACCCUGUUGAUAAAAAUUACUCAAUCACAAGUAAAAUUAAGAAAACAUCGGAAUGGAUCGAUACAAAUCCUAUUAUAACAAUAAGUAAAACUUCAAGUGAUGAAUGCAUGAUAGAUUCAGAUAUUGAAGAUCUUAGUGAAAAUGUAGAUACAUGUAAAUGAAGGCAAUUUUUUGUUAAUAUAGCACAUUAUUAGAAUUUGUUUAAUAGCAUAUGUAAUAGUGUCUCGAAUACUUCUGGUAAUUCACAAAUAAAUAUAUGUCAAGUUUAAAAGUGGUGGCACGAGAAAUCA